CUUUGCAGAAUGCAUUAAAUUCUUGGAUUGUCUUUAGAUUUUCUCAGAUUCAUUCUAAACUUGUCAAUGACUGAAUUGGUUUCUGACUAGGAUUGUUUGCUUGUUUGAUCAGCUCUACAAAUGGAACUAAUCCAACUGUUCCUCACUGAGACAUUGGAGUUGAUGGAGUUUCUCUUCACUAGUAACCAGCUCUAAGGUCCAAACACUGAUGUGCACCUGCACACAGGAUGUGCUCCUCCGUCUCUAUGGUAACCGGCCCCGCCUCCUCUCCCCUCUCCCAACCGCAGCGGGGGGGCCCACGGGAGGUGGGAGGAGCCCUUCCGAAGCGGGCGGCCCGGGUCUGAUGUCCCAGCUCGUCCUGCUUUGUCCUCAGCUGCAGCAGACGCCGCUUCUCCCCAGGUUCACCAGAGGAAACCACACAAAAUGCUUCUGCUGCCGCCGGCUGCUCUGUGCUGUCUGUGUUCAGCGCUGGUCGCCACGGCAACACAGCUGAUUCAGGAGGAUGUAACACUGACCAGGAGAGUCGGUCAAAAUGUCUCCUUCAGCUGUAGAGGAACUGAGGAGUGUGAUGGCAGUGUUACAUACUGGUACCAGAAGAAAGACACAGAAACAUUUGAACGGAUUCUCUACAUUUGGAGGAAUAGUGGUUCCAUUUACAAAUAUAAUCAUCCUCAGACAGCUGACUUCUCAUCUGUAGAUAAAGGUAAAGGUUAUGAGUUGCAGAUCCAGACAGUUGGACCCUCUCAUUCAGCCUCAUACUACUGCGCCUGUUGGAAGUCUGACAGUUCUACCCACAGACGAUAUCGCUACUGGAUCUUUGGUUCUGGGACUAAACUGUACGUAACAGAUGAUCCAGUGCUGAGGCCCGUGGUGGGCGUGUGCCUGGCGGUGUCCACGGCCCCGGACGGGAAGACCUCCCUGAUGUGUGUGGCCUCAGGCAUGUUUCCUCCUGAGGUCCGCUUCUCCUGGAAAAGACAGAAGGACCACGGAACUGAGGAGGAUCUGCCCAACGCCCAGGGAGAACAGCUGGAGGUCCAAGAGUCUGGACGGAGAACCUCCAUCAGAACCAUCCAUCAGAACCACGACAGCUCAGAUAAAUACCGGUGCACGGUCCAGCACGAGGGGGGCACCACCCACCAAGAGGUUCUAGCUCGUCCUCCACCAACCCCAACCCCAACCCCUGCUCCUCCACCAGCUCCAACCCCUCCACCAACCCCAACCCCUGCCCCUCCACCAGCCCCAACCCCUCCACCAACCCCAACCCCUGCCCCUCCACCAGCCCCUACCCCUCCACCAACCCCAACCCCUGCCCCUCCACCAAUACCUACCCCUCCACCAUCCCCUACCCCUCCAGUCCAGCUGACUCCUUGUUGUCCUUCCGUCCAGCCCUGGGACUCCCAGCAUCUUCCUUGUCUGUUCUACUCAGUUCUGAUCCUGAAGAGUCUGGUUUACUGCUGUGGACUCUGGGUCAUGAAUCUCAUAUAGACCUUCCACCUGCUGCACACCACUGAGUUCCUUUACAUUCUGUCAUUUGUCAAAGUCAGUGCUGAUCCAUCAGAACCAGCAGGACCUGAAAGAAUCACAAUCACUGACCUACAGUGUUAGAUUUGCUCCAUGCAGACGUAUUAAAUUGGUC